AUGGCCACCAACCUUGAUCCACCUGCCACAUUUGACAUCUUGAAUCUGGCUAGGAACAAGGGGCCCGGUGGGGGCUGGCUCCGCAGGGCUUUGUCACAAGAAGCUUUGUGUAUUCGGAGCACACUAGCGGUGACGCUCUACAAAGGCUUGUCUCCUCUUCCCGUUUAUGGAACCAUGGUCUGCACACGCGGCUAUCGUCAGGGGCGACAUUGGGUCGUGGUGCCGAACUUCCGAGCCGGAGCAAUCUUCUCGGUGGGCUCAUCAGGUUACCGGCUUUGCGCCGUCCUGCUCUAA